UAAGUAUGAUGAUGAAUGGUAUUAUGAUAAUUCAUGAGUGGUAUUAUAAUAAUGAGUGUGUAGCAUGUUAUAUGAUAAGUGUGUGGUGCCGACAGUUUUAAUAUAGUGGCAAGUGUGAUGAUUGGUGUGUGAUGAUGAGCCUGAUUAGUGUGUGGUUGUGCGUGAUGUUAGUGUUUUGUGAUAAGACUGAUGAUUUGUGAUUAGUGUUUGGAGUGGUGAUGGGUGAUGGUAGUGUGUGGGGAUGGUGAUUAGUUUGGUGAUAAGUACAGUGAUCGGUGACUUACCGCUCAACCCCAAAGCAUGUAUAAUCCUGUAUUGCCACCUGUUAUGCUAUGAAACAAGCCUUAAAACAGUGUGAUACCAUCUUGUAUGUAUUUGGAAUAUCAGUACUUAUCCUGUAACUUGUGUGAAGCAGCUAAAUGAGGCAGGCAGAAUCUCGGCAGAUAAGGAGAACGUGAACUAUGACAUCAGCGCGUUGGAGAGGAGGAAAUGAUAGAAGAGAGGAAGAGGAGGAAGAAGACAAAGUGGUGGUAGCAACAGGAGCGAAGAAAACUACAGGUGGCAUUCAGGAAUCCCCAAAAUGCGAUGGAGAUCCAAGGAAUGGUUAUAGAGAGGCUGCAGGAAGUGGUGGGGGGACCAGACACAGCCUCAUGCAGCACACAUGCCCCAGGCAGCAGGUGGUGUGGGUCCCACUUGCUGUUCUUGGUAUAUUCAGUAUCUUGCUGUUAUAUGAGUGGUAUUUGUCAAGUCAAACAAAUACUCCUCUGAGGUGCUCCCAGGACUCCCAAGCUGCAGAGAGAGUGGUGGAGAUGUACACAUCCUUCACUCCACCAGACCAUGCUCCCCUCACCCCAUUCCUGGACUCCAAGGUGUCUCAGGAGAGCCUGACUGGGUUGCUGGGGUGGCGGGUGGCGGCAACAUCAUGGGGGUGGGUGCCAAUGUCCUGCUUCUCAGCCCUCCUCCCCCCUGACCCUCAGUCAAGUCAGCCUGGCCAAGUGUGGACCCUCCUGCCUGACACCACCGAGGGAGCCUAUCUUCUGAGCUCCAGGUAUGUUCCACCACCACCUGCUGGACCUGUUGAGGACUUGCUUUUCCGUUUGCUCUCCUUGCUGCAUCCCCAGCCCUUCCUUCAGUCCAGGUAUGGACCGAGGGGAGCAGCAGCAGUGGUGAGGGCCAAGACAGGCCACUUGCUGGAGGUCUGGUUCAGGGUUCAUGCAGAAUUCCAACUCAACACCCCCCCUAGACUCCCACUGUGGUUCAUCCCAUCAGCCUUCCUGGGCCAGGUGGUAAUCAACACCUCUGAUAUGAUGGUAGUUCAUUGUGACCUCCAUGUGCCAGCUGCUCGCCCCCUCAACCUGGAUUUGGAGUGGAUGACGGGUCCUAAUGAAGCAGAGGACAUGGAGGUGACAAUCACACAUCUCCCUAACAUGAGGGUCACUUCCAUGUUCAAUUCCCCUACCCCUGGCUGGACUGAAGAGAUCCCUGAGGAGGAGGCUUUGUCACUCCUGGAGAAAAGGAUGUACAGGUUCAUGGAGGUGCAAUACCACAACUUCAGUGAGGUGUUCAGCCAUGCCACUGGAGGAGCAGGGAAGAAGCUGGUUCAUACAGUGGUGUUGUGGGGUGUCCUGAGUGACCAGUCGUGCUGAGGAUCUGGCCGUGCCCUGCGGGAGGGACCACUGGCCUCCCCCAGGGUGCUGGCACUGCUGCAGGAACAUUUUGUUUCCUGUUGGGCCUUGCUAGAGGAGGUGGAGAGGUACAGCCAGGAGGCCACACCAGGGCUUGGGGCUGCAGCAAGAUCAGCAAGGAGUGCAUACAGCUUCCCUGUGCAGGUGCUGGUCCAGGAUGCUGCCACAGGGUCAGUCCUUGCUUCAGCCAAUGCCAACCGACUUCUUGAUGUUGAUCUUGAAGCAAGCAUGGUGUUCCAGGGCUUCCAAGACCCUACAGAGUUUGCAUACUUCAACUUUCUUCAGCAGGCUGUGGAGAAAUUUGGAAGGUCAGUUAAGGCAGACAAGAGUUAGGAGUGUGGUGAGGUGAAUGGGGCCAUCAUGAUAGGACUCCAGCUUUAAAGAGGUGAGAGGAAUGCUUAUGGAGAUGCCAUUAUGUACUAGCAAAGUUAGAUGCAUGUUAAGUUUGUUUUUCAUCUAGUUAGUAGAGCAGUGUUUUAGUAUUGCAGGGUUUUGUUAAUUGUUUGUAAUGCACCAAUAAUUGUUCCUUUGUAGUAUUGUAGUGUUUCCUUUAUAUAUGUAAUUGUGAGUAGUUAUGUAGUAAUGUGUUGUAGUAAUUUGCAUAUAAUAGAGUUUGUGGUGCAUUUGUCUUCAGUCAUUGCUGUCACUCGUUAAGUUUGUGAAUUGAUUAAUAUGAAUGAAAGUAUAUACAGGAUUCAGCAUUGUAUUGCUCUUUAUAGUGCAGUAACAAGCAUAUCAUCUUCCUACAUUUAGAUAUAGGUAUUCAGUGUGGUAAAUUUUGAGUUUAUAGUUUUCCUUUUUGUUUAACAGUAACUUAGUAAUGUCUAUGUUGGGAGGUAAGGUGAUUGGCCAUUUAAGAACCCUUUCAAGUUGAAAAAUCUUCAUAUAACAACUAUAACCUUACAUAGAGAGAUUUUAUCAGCUUGCUUUAUCAGCUUGCAAGACCAUAUUUAAACCACAAAAAAAAUCUUUUACUCAGUACAUUUUUUGAAAUUUGCUCAGCUGCCUGCCAUCACUGAGCAAGUACAUGGAGCAUAAAUGUAAAGCUUAAAUUCAAGUUUGACUUUUUAGAUUUAUGCUCCAUGUACUCAGUGUGUUGGCAGGCAGCUGAGCACAUUACUGAGACUCAUCACUGUUUCCCUACCAUGGAAUUUAAUAUUUGCAGUUUUACAAAUUUUUUUUUUGUGUAUGGUCUUCCAAGCUGAUAAAGGCUAUGUAAGGUUGAGUAUGAAGAAGUUUACUAUUAUGUGGUGUUGCUAGAAGGGGGAUAUGCUUAUGCAGAAAAGUAUUUUCAUAAUAGCUUGCAGUUCUUCUGUUGCUUACAUAGAUAUACUAGAUUUACUGAGGUUUCCCCUACAGUGUAGAGAGUUUUUAUGCUUGUUCAGUGUUAUGUUGAUUUUUGUCAUUUUUAUAUUUCAGUAUUCUUUGAGUUACGAGAAAUUACCAGGUUUCUUGUUGAUUACAUGUGACUGACAGUAUUGAAUGUGAAACAUUAUCAUUAAUAAUGUGUCUGCUGAAGAUUCAGUUGGGUGAAUUUCUGCUUCCCAUGUGCUCCCUGUGGCAAUGGGGCACAGUUUAGCUGGUCAUUCACAGCCUAGUUGGAAGCAACUGGAGAGAUUCCCUUUCUGCAUGCAUGUGUCUUGUCAUGCCUACUCUUUUUUUUUAAGAGAAAUCUUGGCCUGGUAUAAGGAAAGUUUUCCCUACGUAGUCUUGUUACUGAAAAUUCACUAUCAACUUGCAUUAAUGUAUGAAGUUGAAAUUCUUCAAGCCAAGAUGUGUUCUUUCCUUCCAUAUAUUGUUUAAAUUUUAUACAGGGUGUCAUGUGAGGAAAGUCACAGAAAUUUAAGAUUAUCAGUCUGUCAGAAAUAUUGGUUGGUCAAAUGCUUUAACAACAUAAUUUGAAAGUUAUGGGGGUAUUUGAAUAUGAAUGCACAUCUGAUUGCUGUUACCAUAUUGGAUUUGUUAUGUUUCAGCCAUUAAUUACUGCAGCAAUACGUGUUCUUGAACUUUGUUAUCUUUACAUAUUUAUAAAAACCUUUAAUGAAAUAACAUCUAGAAAACCUUUAAUGAAAUAACACCCUCUAGAUGACUGUCUUCCAUUGCUACAUUCCCUUCCUUUCCCCUGCCAAAUAUUAGUGUUAAUUUUUAAGCUUCCUGUAACAUUCCCUUCCUUCCCCUUGCCAAAUAUUAGUGUGUUAAUUUUUUAAGCUUCUUGUAACAUUCCCUUCCUUUCCCCUGCCAAAUAUAUUAGUGUGUUCAUUUUUAAGCUUCCUGUAACAAUGUUGUUCAAAGCAUUUUGACCAUAGAAUAUUUCCAACUUAAACAUAUUUUAAUAUUCUACGAAUAUGUGAUGUUCUUCAUGGGGCACCCUGCAUUAUUACAGGUUGAAAUCUGUUUAAUUUACUCACAGAAAAUGCUGAUAUCUAAUGAAUAGUGUGAGACUGGCAGCUGGAAAAAUAUGUUAUGUUACUACAUGCACACAAUGGAUGGCUCCAUCAAAAUUAUUGGCAGUGACAAAAUGUGUCUAGCCUUUAGAAUCCCUUCUUUUAAUCAUAUUUCUUGCACCAUUCAUCAUCAUAUUUCUUGCACCAUUCAGAUGUACAUCUUAAUUUGGAAUUGUUUCAGGAGAGUGACAGUGCCUAUUACAUAUAUACACAUACAGGUUGGCUUUCUUAAUCUGAGAAGCAAGAGAAUUUUGGUUAGAGCUGUGCCCUACACCUACCUAAACAGUAUCAAGUUUCAAUGCUGGCUGUUUCUUAGAGCUGUGCCCAACACCUAAACAGUAUCAAGUUUCAAUACUGGCUGUUUCUUGAAUCUUCCUCUUUUAUUUAUGAUCUUCACAUCUGUAAAGAAAUAUAGUUAGUUGUUUUUUAACAAGUUGACUUCCAAAUGAAUGUCAUACAUUUUUUGCAUGUAAUGAUUGAUAAACUUUUUUGUCCCUAUAUACAAGACAUUCCUUAAAUUUUGGGUUACCUUGCUAAUUCAUUACCAGUCACAUUAAUGGAAAGAUGGAUGAUAUGACCACUUGGAUUUCAUACAGUUGGGAACACAACUCUUCUUUCCGUGCAGAUAUAAAGCUUAAGAUAACUGAAGGAUUUCAAAUAACCAGCAUAAAACUCAGUACUGCUGCAUCACUCUUCAGUCUUGGCAAGCAAGCAUCUUAAUGUGCAGUUCUAAUUGAUCAGCUAACUCUUUUAACACUGCUGCCACACUAAUGGGCCCAAGUGACAGUUCCAUCAUACCCUGCAGGAGUACACCACAAACUUUGUACUACAGCUUUGAAUAAUAUAUUAAUUUCUUCAGCUGCCUGUUUGUUGUCUCCUGCAGUGAUUUAUAACAAAACCACUCCUUUUUAACAAUUUGCCUCCUAUCCCAUGCAAUCGGUCAAAAAAAAACCCCUUCCCCUUCUAUUUUGUCACAUGCUUUCUCUAAUCCAAAUCCAUGGAGAGACACCAAUCUGCAACAUACCCAGCCAAAUCACACCUUCACUACAUAAACAUUUGACCACAUUUAUCCAAACUUGUGGCUUUGACAAAUUUUCAUCACAUGAUCAAGGACAAUUCUUUUAAAAUUCAUUCUUUACUCCACUCCAGUUACAGUCUCUGCACCAUGUCUUAUACUGGUUGCAAUACCUUAAAAUAUUUUUCCCAUCUCCUUAUUACAGGAUCCUUCCCAAUCAGUACCUGUCAUCAUCAGCUCUCAUCUUUCCCACGCAUCACUGAUACCAUUAUCAAUCUCCUAUCCAACUGCACUUACUUUUGCAUCACAGUCACACUACACUCAAACUACUGUUCUUCAGCAACUCUGAAUUCACUCUUUCACUGCAUCCUACAUAUCUUACUUAAUUCUGAUAUUCUACCUCUUCCUUCCUCUUGCCUAUGUUGUUCAGUCAAAACUGUCACAUGAAACUUUUUACAGUAUCUGCCACAGUCAUAGCACAGCUCUACAAACCAGUUAUUGUGACGCUGUGGAAUGGGAGUGACCAAGGUGGGAUAAUAGUAGUUCCAUGGCAUCUUCCUGAGGUCUGGUGAUGGAGUGUAAGCGUUUGUCAGAUAAUUUUACACAAAUAAAUAUAUCAUGCUA